UGUAGUUUUGUGCAUUAACUCGAUCCAUUCUCUGCUUUUUCUUUCAAAUUCCCCGCGAAAACCACCACCUGCAAAUCCCUGCGACCAGGUUAUGAAUCAGUAGGCUUUUCAGGCGAUUCCAUGGCCGCCAGGAAAUGGCUUCUAUCAGCGGAACUCACCGGCAGCGGCCGACCAGUUCUCCUAUCAGGCGAAGUCGAACGUUCAACACUCUCUUCCGUCGACCUCGAAUGCGAAGAAAAUCCCAAUUUCCCUCAAUUCAAGUCCGGUAUUUUGAUUCUGACCACACAUCGGAUCCUUUGGAUUGAUGAAACCAAUAAGGAAGGUGCAGCAUCGAUCCCUCUUGGUGCUGUUACUCACAUAUUUUCACUCAAGAAAUCGAUCAAAUCCAUGUUUGGUAAACCUAAGGUUCGGUUUCAGGUAACUGCCUCGGCUGAUGGGCGAGUCGAUGAGAAAGGAUCGACAUCAAUAGUGAUCACGCUUGUUUUGAGAGGGAAAUCGGAUCCUGAAUCGUUCUACAGUCGGUUUGGGGAGGUUUGGAAGUCGAAAUCAUGGGAGGUUGUGAAUGUAUCGGGAGAUUCUGAAUUGAGGCUUGACAGGAGUGGGGGUUCUAUGGAAGGAUCUAGUGUAGUGAGGAUGCCGGUUGUUGGUAUUUCGGGGAUUCUUAGGAAGGAGCAGGAAAUUUGGGAGAGUACUGAUAAGAGCUUGCAGGAUGCUUUUCAGGAUUUAAAUGCUCUCAUGAGUAAGGCCAAAGAGAUGGUGAUGCUAGCAGAGAAAAUGAGGCUGAAGCUCUUAUCUGGCUCAACUAGCCAGGCAAAUGCAGCUAAUGAUGAAGAAACGGGUUCCAAGCAAGAUAUGCAAGAUUGGUUGUUGAGUGUUGGUAUUGUGUCCCCAGUUACAAAAGAGUCUGCUGGUGCUCUAUAUCAUCAACAGCUGUCACGUCAGUUGGCAGAUUUUGUCAAGUUACCCUUGGAAAGAGCUGGAGGGAUGAUUGCUCUAAUAGAUGUCUACUGUCUCUUCAAUCGUGCUCGAGGAACAGAAUUGAUUUCACCGGAAGACUUGUUACAAGCCUGUGCUCUUUGGGAGAAAUUUGAUGUUUCAGUGAUCCUUAGAAAGUUUGAGAGUGGAGUCAUGGUCAUCCAGAAUAAGUCCCACAGUGAUAAAGAGGUUUUUGCUAGAAUCAAGUCUCUUGUUCUAAAACCCAAUGCCCUCUGGACUGGCAUAAGUCCAAGUGAUGCUGCAAUUACACUAGGCAUUGCUCCAGCACUAGCCAAGGAGCAUUUGCUAACUGCUGAGAGCCAAGGUCUACUAUGCCGAGACAUCAGCCCUGAGGGCUUUCGCUUUUUCAUUAAUGUGUUCAAGGAUAUUGAUCCAAAUAAUAUGCAUUUGGUAAAAAAUCAUGGGAUGUAUAGCACUUGGGUAUCCGCCACUCCUGCUCCUGGGUAAGCAUUUUCAAGCCAUAACCUCAAGAUUGCAUGUCAAGCAUGAAACAGUGAAGUUACAGAAUGACUUUUGAGACUUUCUAAUCUCCAGUUGUUGACCUAGUUUUGGAAACCAUUUUUCUUUUAUUGUGAUGGAAAGCCAAUUUUUAUGUGGUAUAUCACAAUUUUGUUUUAUCCUUAAUGUAAACUAAAUUGAGUUGUAUAUUACAAAAUGGUGCAAAC